AUGGAGGACUCGGACUCGGCCGCGAAGCAACUGGGCUUGGCCGAGGCGGCCGCCGUAGCUGCCGCCGCUGCAGUGGCUGCAGCGGCGGCAGCUGCCGCGGCCGCAGAAGGCUCGGAGCAGCAGCAGCACCAGCGGCAUGUCGAGGCGGCCGGCUCGGAGGCGGAACCGGAAGAGGAGGUGACGGCGGUGACCGUCAUGGCGGCAGACGCCGAACACCUCGAGAUGGGGGCCGAGUCCCUGCCGAGCGCCGACGAGGCCGCCGCGGCCGCCUUCGCAGAAGUGACCACAGUAACGGUAGCCAACGUGGGUACCUCUGCAGACAACGUAUUCACCACUUCAGUGGCAAAUGCAGCAUCUAUUUCAGGACAUGUGCUGUCUGGGAGAACAGCUCUUCAAAUUGGGGACAGCCUGAACGCCGAGAAGGCCACUCUGAUUGUGGUUCACACAGAUGGCAGCAUUGUAGAGACUGCAGGGCUCAAGGGGCCAUCUGCUCCUCUCACACCAGGGCCUCAGUCUCCUCCUACUCCUUUAUCAUCUGGCCAAGAAAAAGGUGGAACAAAAUAUAACUGGGACCCUUCAGUGUAUGACAAUGAACUGCCUGUACGAUGUCGAAAUAUCAGUGGUAUCUUGUACAAAAACCGGCUUGGCUCAGGUGGCCGCGGACGUUGCAUUAAGCAAGGGGAGAGCUGGUACAGCCCCACUGAGUUUGAAGCCAUGGCAGGAAGAGCCAGCAGCAAGGACUGGAAAAGAAGCAUUCGUUAUGCAGGGAGGCCAUUACAGUGCCUUAUUCAUGAUGGGAUAUUAAAUCCUCAUGCUGCCUCAUGCACUUGUGCUGCUUGUUGCGACGAUAUGAGCUUGAGUGGCCCCGUAAGACUCUUUGUGCCAUAUAAAAGACGGAAAAAAGAAAAUGAAUUGCCUGCAACUCCAACAAAGAAGGACUCUCCCAAAAAUAUCACCCUGCUUCCUGCAACUGCUGCUACUACCUUCACCGUGACUCCCUCAGGGCAGAUCACUACCUCAGGCACUUUGACCUUCGACCGUACUUCAACUGUUGAGGCCACAGCCAUUAUCUCAGAAAGUCCAUCCCAGGGUGAUGUUUUUACUGGAGCCACUGUAGUACAAGAAACAAAUGUUCAGCAGCCAUGCCGAGUCAGUCAUCCAGAGCCUCACUACCCAAGUUAUCAGGACAAUUGUCAGAUCUCCACUUUCCCAGAAGCAGCACUGCCAACUUCGCAUCCCAAAAUUGUAUUGACGUCACUUCCAGCCUUGGCUGUGCCACCCAGUACCCCCACCAAAACAAUAUCUUCUUCCAUGGUGAAUGGGCUAGAAAUGUCAGAGCAACGAAGCUGGGUGUACCUUGAGGAGAUGGUCAAUUCACUACUCAGCACAGCUCAGCAGCUGAAGAAUCUCAUUGAGCAAGCGAAGCAGGCCAGCUCCUCAUACAGAGAAGCCGUUGUCACUCAAGCAAAAAUUCAAGCAGAUGUGGAGAGGAAAGAGCAGUUUCAGAGCCAGUUAUUUCAACAAACAGAAGAUGUAGAUGGAAAGACUGAAAUCAUCAUUAAGCAAUCCUGUGUAAACUGUGGUCGUGACGCUAUGAAUGAAUGCACUGGCUGCCAUAAAGUCAAUUACUGCUCAACUUUUUGUCAACGGAAGGAUUGGAAAGAUCACCAGCAUGUGUGUGGCCAGACUGCUACAGUUACUGUUCAAACAGAAGAGGUUCACGUGACGGACAAUGAGAUAGAGAAAGUUAUUGUCUGAAAGGCCCU